AUGACUACAGUCUUCAAAGACUAUGCGGAAACCAUAUCGGCACCUUCGAUGUAUCAUCACUCAAUGGGAAUUGAAGGAGAUCAAAAUGUGGCCGUAUCCGAAAUGAUCAUGACUGAUCCGCAGGAUAUCAACGUCAGCAACGACGACAAUGGAUUUGCCUCGCCUAUUAAACCUGCACCAUUUUAUACCACACCGACAGACAUGUACUACACAAAUAAUUUUAAGGAUUAUGCCGGAUACAUUAUCAAUCCGUCAAUGUACCAACCAUACACUUUGCCGGCCACGACAGCGGCAUGUUCCACUGGCGACGCUUCGUUUAACCAAAUGAUGGAUCCCUCAAUGCUUGGUCAGAAUAACGGCGGCGCUCCGUUCUAUGGUUCAACAUUCAACUACCCAACAUACGACUAUUCAUCUCCGUUGAUACCACGAGUUCCUGGUGCUGCCCCCGCCGCCGGUGCUGCAUGUUCGACGAGCACCUCUGGUUCGUCAAGUUCAAACGGAUCCGCACAGUCGACGAAUGCACCACGGAGUAAGGCCCGAACCACCGCAUCUGAAGGACGAGAAUGCGUGAAUUGCGGAGUUCAAGCGACCCCGCUGUGGAGGCGAGACGGCACUGGCCACUACCUCUGCAAUGCCUGCGGCCUUUAUCACAAGAUGAACGGCCAGAAUAGACCGUUGGUGAAGCCGAAGAAACGACAGAGCGCCCAAAAACGAACUGGUGUCGCAUGCGUGAACUGUAAGACAAAUACCACAACGCUGUGGAGGAGAAACGGUGGAGGUGAACCGGUCUGUAAUGCUUGUGGGCUCUACUACAAAUUACAUCAGGUAGAAAGACCUUUGACAAUGAAGAAAGACGGCAUUCAGACGAGGAAUCGAAAGAUGUCAACGAAGGGGAAAAAACCAAAGGUUGAAGACACGACUGGUUGGGGUAAUAUGAAGCCAGCACCAAUGUACGACAUGAAACUUAUGCCGACACCGUACUUCCCUGGUCAACCCACCUAUCCGACAGGACUGUUCUUCCAGCAAUAG